AUGCCUCCGAGUAUUGAUAUCGUGCUGAAGCUGGCCCAGCAGGUGCAUGGAUCGACGCAAGUCUCCCUCGCAGUCAAACAGGCCGUGGUCACGACUCUGGAGUUGUGGAGUCGCAGAGUCAUUAUUGAGAUUGCUCAGAGGGUAGAUAUCAUAACGGCCACCGAAGACCUUCACUCUCUCGGACACAAUCCAUAUCCGCUACCGACUUUUGCCAAGCUGGAUGGUGUCAUCAGCUUGUCUACAAGUGACCCCACACCCUCCAAGAUACUGGACAGUUUCGACUGCGUCGUGGAAGAAGACUCACAAAUCCAACCCUUCUACUCCAAUGGAGAUCUAGCAGCUCGACAUCAAAACCUCAUUGCUACAGUGCACUCUAUUAUCACAGACAUCCCAAGGACAGGAACCUUGGACGAGUCCAAGCUCAGAGCACUUUACACAACAGCCUUGGAAGGAUACCUGUUCGCAGGGUGCAUGGCAUUCUCUAUGAAGCUGUUCGACAAGAGUGCCUUUCUCAACUCUGUUAUUCUGCUAUUUGCACCCAACUACGCGGAAGCCCUUUACAACCAGGCAACUACAAUGAUUACAGCCGGGCAUAAGCAGGACGCAGUAUUUUGGUGGAGAAUGACGCUAAGGGCAAAACCAGGGUACUGGGCUGCCGCCGAGCAACUCUCCAGUGUUUUGAUGGCGGAAUCUCGACCUAUAGAAGCUGGUACCACACUAUGUACCUGCAUCAACGCGACGAUCGCACAAGACAUCGCCCCCAACACUCUCCAGUCGUGGCAGAAGCUUCUGUCGCUUUACCACACCCUCGGAAACAACCACUACAGUCACAAAAAGGUAGGUCAGGCCGUGCAGGUAUUCGCACAGGUCGUAAUUCUAGCGUCACUACCAGAUCAUUUGAAGCUAGGACCUGAUCAGUUCUCAUGGAGCAAAGUAGAUGCUCAGAAAUUCAUGGUCAACUUUGCACUCGGCAAAUCUACUGAUCUUGCUACAUCCGAAAUUGAAACGCUCACGGAAACCAUUUCAAACGUCAUGCUGGCAUGGUACAUGGAAGAGCGGGACCAUGUAGCAAGCGUUCCGGUUUCAACAACCUCUGCGCUUCUAGUGAGCCCCAAGAAGGCCAUGAGGGUUCGAUUCAAGCUGUACGGAGACAUGGGUUUGCCCCCUUUGCUGCUCCGCCUAACACUUCUGCAAUGUCCAGGGAUUGGUAGGCUUACGAAGGACAGAGAAUCAGGGUACGAACUAGCUUCGUCAGAUUCGGACAAUGGCCGUGUGACUGUUCCUCCUUCUGUUCUUCCGUUGUUCCAAUCAAUCACAAUUACCAUUGCUAAUGCACUGUUGAAUCUGGCUAAAAUCUUACAGGACGGCAUCCACUCGGGAAAAACCGACCACGCAAUCUCCUUCAACAACCGCUCCCCAACAUUAUACGACAUUCUUUCCCUGUAUUUAUUAUCGCUAUCUCUCAAUCCCUCAGCUUCGACCGCUAACAAUAUUGGAAUCUUGCUCAACUCUCUCAGUACAUCUAUGCCCAACCGAAACCAUGUCAGAAGCCUGGCCCUUUCUUACUACCAAUAUGGCCUCUCCCUCGACCCCAAACACCCCCAUCUGUACACAAACUUGGGCUCACUAUUCAAAGAGCAAGGAAGACUUAAACCUGCUAUCGACAUGUACCUCAACGCCGUUAAAUGCGACGCUGGUUUUGACACAGCACUCGGUAAUCUUGCAGCGGCUUAUCAGGACAACGGACAAACCAGUCUUGCCAUUCAGUACUACAAGAAGGCUGUGGCAGCCAACCCUGGUUUCGCAGAGGCCAUAUGUGGACUGGCAAAUUGUCUCAGCACCAUUUGUUCUUGGGCAGGGCGCGGAAAGUCACCUCAGGAACUCUGUGGAGUGGACGACGAUGGGAUGGUGUGCUUCGAUAACACCCCUGGCUGGAUCACACGACUCAUUGGCGUGAUUAACGAGCAGCUCAAGGACGGAAAGAUCUGGGGCCAUGGCAUUGUCUACAAGAGCCCUUCUCUAGCUCAAGACAUCACCAACGCCACUGGAGACUUGGACAACGACAUAAUCAACAAACUACUGCCCUAUUUGUCCCCGAAGUGCCAGUUGGGAGGAGAGGGGACCCAGAUUGUCAGAGCCAUCGAAGAAGCAACCCGACUGUGCCAACUGAGAUGGUAUCUUGAUCCUGAUGCUUCUUCUGAUAAAUUUCCGCGACCCAAGAUCCCCCCUUUGCUACACGUUCCUGCAGCCUCAACUGUAAGCCCAUUCCACACAUUCACGCUACCUCUGGACCGUGAACAGGUGUUGGGCAUUGCUCAAUUGACUGCUCUGCGGAUCUCUGUAAGCACCCUACGCCAGCCCUGGAUGCCUCGACAUGUUUUCAAACCCCCAAAGAGCCCCGGGCAGAAUGGAGGUGUUCUCAACGUUGGAUAUGUGAGUUCGGACUUCGUCGAUCACCCCUUGGCCCAUCUCAUGCAGUCUGUGUUCGGUCUCCAUGACACAACAAAAGUCAGGCCGAUUUGUUAUGCUACCACUUCGUCGGAUGGAUCUUCUUACCGUCAUAGAAUUGAAAAGCAGGCCCUGGUGAGAGACGUUAGCAAUAUGUCCACUCAUCAGGUUAUUGAGACUAUUCUUAAGGACAAUAUCCAUAUCUUGGUAAACUUGAAUGGGUACACAAAAGGAGCCAGAAAUGAUAUCUUUGCGGCUAGACCUGUCCCUGUUCAAGUCAGCCUGAUGGGAUAUGCUGGUACUUUGGGAGCAGGAUGGAUAGAUUAUAUCUUUUCAGACAGUAUUUCAAGUAGGGAGAGACAGCGAGACUCUUUCAGCGAGAAACUGAUCAUUUGCCAGCCCAGCUUCUUCUGUUGUGACCAUCGACAGACAGCCCCAGAUUGCUUUGCAGUGAGAAAGAGCGUGUCUCGAGCUCCUGUUGGAAGCGGAAAGAUGUAUGAACAGGGUUCUACUCUCUCUGAAAGCCUUUCUCGUUUUCACAGCAAGGUGCGUAAGCCCAAGUCACCUCGGUCUUGUGGUACUGGUACUGUUGCAUCUGCCCACAAAAUGGAAUAUAGCAACAUUGAUAUCCAGAAGUACGCUCUUUCUCAGCUGGAGAACUCCCCUUUGGUUGAUGGUUACUCCAGCGACGACUAUUUGUAUGGCAAAAAAGACGAAUGGGAAGAUUCCUUCUCUAGAGACUUGGACUCGAAAAUGGAUAAGAGGGGCAGCGAUGCAAGCAUUGAGGAGGAAGGAGACUCCACUGGCACGCCUCGUCUGCCUCCAUUUGACCACGAACUUUCCAAGAGAGCCAAGUUGAGACAACAGAUCUUCCCCGAUAUUCCGAAGGAGGCUGUUUUACUUGGAAGUUUCAACCAGCUGUACAAGAUCACACCCGAGACACUCUUCAUGUGGCUUCUGAUUCUACAGCGACAGCCCAAUGCAUACCUAUGGCUGCUCCAGUUUCCUCCCGCUGGAGAGAGUAAGAUCCGGGAGAUGGCCUCGAAGUGGUAUCAAGGGACUGACGAUAUCAACAAGCGAAUUUUGUUCACGCCCGUCACUGAUAAAAAUGUUUUCGUCACGCGAUCAAGAGUUUGCGACCUGUUCUUAGACACCCCUGAGUGCAAUGCCCAUACGACAGCUGCAGAUGUGAUUUGGAAUGGAACCCCAAUUCUGACAUUUCCUAAGCAUGAUCACAAAAUGUCGUCACGGGUAGCUUCUAGCAUUAUUGCCGCCAGCAUUCCUCAUCCUCCUUCGGCAGAAGCUGAAGCUAUGUACCGCGAUCUUGUGGUUGACUCCAAUCAGAAGUAUGUCAACAACACUCUAAGUCUGAUCUCGGAACCUCAAUUGCCUACCUUGAUCAAAUACAGACAAUUAUUGUAUAGUCAGCGAGAAACUGGACGAUUAUUUGACACGAAACAGUGGGUGAAGAAGCUCGAAGAAGGAUUGUGGAGAGCCUGGUCUGACUGGACAGAGGGUGUCUACGAGGACAUUGUUAUGGGCUAG